AUGCGUAAGCCGUACAGGUUUUAUAGUCUCAUCAGACCGAAACUGCGCCAGUCAUGGAAUAAGUACAAUUUGUAUAACCUAUACCGGAACGCUGGACGGGAACCACAGAUUCGAGGCACUCCGACAUUCUUCCAGCAGAAAUGGGCGGCAAAGUCGAAAACAAGAGCCUACCAUGGCGAGCAUAUUCCAGAGAAGAAAUGGGUGCGCCUAUUCUCGCGGCGCCUUCUGUCGGCUGUCGACCUACCGCCUAAAUAUCUGGCUGCCCACGAUGGCUCAGAGCAGGCCACUGGCCGGGGCUCUGGUCUGUCUACGUCUCAUCUGACGGCGGAAUCAUACUCCAAGGCCCCCGCACUGAGCACCCAAGAACGAUUAAGACGUAGACCGCCUCUUUUUGGCGACAUCAACAAGCUCCUGUCCGACCAGUUCACUAGUAUGACUCCAUAUAUGCAGAUGACGUUUGCUCCUCUGGAACGGAGGCUGGAUACGGCUGUAUUCCGCGCCUUAUUCGCCAGCAGCGUGCGCCAGGCGCGACAAUUUAUCCUCCAUGGAGCCGUCAAGGUCAAUGGCAAAAAGAUGCUUCACCCGUCUUAUCAGCUGAACCCUGGCGACAUGUUCCAAGUUGACAUCGAUAAGGUCAUGUACGGAACUGGUCAGCAAAAGGUGGCCCAGGGUGAUAAGCGCCUGGCGGAAAAUUUAGAAUCCCGGAAGAAGAAGGCGGAAGCGUUCUACAAAACGGCUCUUGAAAAAGCGACAGCCAAUAAGUCUGGUGAGACCUCAUCAAGCGACGUGGCUACCGAUAAAGGGGACAAUGAUUCAGAAACACCCACAAAAAGGUCGACGGAGGGAUUGGAAUCAGAUGCCGCAAAAGAUGCAGACUCUGUACCGGGAGGAGAGGCUCUUUCUCCAGAGGAGGCUUGGAAACUGAACAAUCGUGCACUGAAAUUCCUCCUCAAGGAUGUCAAGAAGAUCUUGAAGAACAACCCAAAGGAGCUCUCGGCAAAGGAAAAGAAGAGUUUGCGACUUUUCCGCGCAGACGCCAAGCGAUUCCUGUCACACGCCGAGGAUAAACCUCUUGAUAUGCGGGACCUCAUUAAAGAACUAGAGCUCCAGAUGAGCAGCCACGAACUUAUGCGGAAAAGCUUUGAAGAUCUCACCAUCCAUAAUCCUGUUUCGGCCCAGGAGACCUCGCAAGCCUCGUCCACUGGCGCAGUUGCUUCCGAACAAGGCCAACAAACCCAGCUUAAUCGACAGCGCCAGAUGGACAAGGGGCUUGAAGCCUUGUCAGAGGAGCAAAAGGAAAAGGCAGUUCGCAUCAUGGGCGAAUCACAACUCUCCCGAGAAGAGAUGCGCAAGCUUGCCCAGCUCCUGAUAACUGACGAAGAGAACCCCGUCGACGAGUCGAAACCGUACGCGACACCAUGGCGACCUCGACCAUUCAUGUCGCCGUUUGCUUUUAUCCCUCGCUAUCUCGAAGUGAAUCCCAACAUCUGCGCCGCUGUCUACAUACGCCAUCCUAUUGCACGCAAGGGCAUGGCCGAGGUCCCCACUCCUUUCAGCUACCUGACCAGCCAAUUGACACACAACUGGUACUUGGAGCGUGGUUAG